CAUUGUUGUUAAACAAAACUCAUUUCCGUUCGAAAUGGUGCACACUCUACGCAAAAUAACUAACAUUUGUCGGCUUUGUUUGUGCGAAGAGCUGGACAUCCUAGUUCCUGCCAAGAAUGUAUUUGAUUCUUUGCUUACCUCGGAGGACGUGGAACGUUUUACCAGCAUACAGAUCCCAACCGAUGACAACGUACCUUACGUGAUCUGCACCGAUUGUAGAAAUGGUUUAAGAAAAUCAGCUGCCUUUCGGAAGUCUUGCGUACGCAAUGAUCGACUCUAUAACCAAUUGUUCUCGGAAUUGAUCGUCGAAAUUCGGUACGAAACAGAACAACAAGCCACCAAAACUGUUCACCAUGAUUUGGAAAGCCUUUCUGGCACCCCCAUUUCCAGUCAGCUGAGUGAGCCAAAGUCGGCUGCUGCGAAAGCCGUUCGGUCAACCAAAAGCAAGCGAAGUAAACCAACGAAAGCGACAACAGCACCUCUAACAACGCAACAAGAUGAUGUUUCAGGUACACAACAAGUACAAGAAAGUACGUUGCAUCUUGAUUGGCCGUAUUUCACGAAACGUCUGUGUAACAUAUGUGGCCAGAUGGUUACCAACUUGAAGCGUCACAUGUUGAGCCACACCAAAAAAGCAAUGUACGCUUGUCCACACUGUUCCACGAAACUGACUGAUGGCUCCAAUCUCGUGCGUCACAUUAAGUCGGUUCAUAAGAAAAUGACUGUUAAAACGUGUGAAAUAUGCAAGAAAGGAUUUACGUAUCAGGUCACCUACAACCAGCAUAUGCUCUCCACGCACGGUAUCGGAGAAAAGUAUGAAUGCAAAAUGUGCCUUAAACAAUUCAACGGGAAGAGUACAUUAAGAGAUCAUAUCAACCGGAUACACAGCUCACUAAGAAGAUACGAAUGCACGUUUUGCAGCAAGCAAUUUAAAACGAGUCGAGAUCUAAGACACCACGGUCGAGUGCAUUCCGACAACCGGCCGUAUGCCUGCAGCCUCUGUCCGAAGCGGUUUAAGAGCAGCUUCGCACGCAAUACGCAUCAACACACCCACUCAGGGGUUAGAUUUUCCUGCCAGCAUUGUGAUAAGUCAUAUCCAUAUAAAUGCCAGCUUAGCAUACAUAUGCGAAAGCUUCACCCGGAGUCGGUUGCCGAAAAUACGGACGGAUCCGUUGGACUUAAAAUUCAAAAAUAAAGUGGUAGCACGGUACUAGUGAUGGGUAAUCCGGAGCGGAGUCAUGGAUCAACUUCGAUUCCGGAUCAUGACCGGAUUAGACUCCGAAUCAGUCCGGAUCAGUUCGGAUCAGUCUGGAUCAAUCCGGACUUUUCCGGAUCAGUCCGGAUCAGUCUGGAUCAGUUCGGAUGAGUCAGACUGAAUCUGGUAGAGUCCGGGAAAGUAACGUCAGGUUGACGUUGCAAUUUCUAAUUCCCAAAUACUGUCCAUUAUCAUUCAGAAAACUACUGAUGAGUUCGUUCGCUUUCAAGUAAGAUAUCCAAUACGAUACGAUAAGGCUGGAAAUAAUUGAAACAAAAUUUUCGCGGUACCGUGAAAAUCGCGUGUGACUUGUACUUUAAAUUUUGUUGUAAAAUCUGACAAAUAGCCGAGAUAAUCGCGGUUCGUGUAUGGACUCAUCUGAGGUUUGGUGACAUUUGAAUGUGCCAAGAUGGAAUUUUUUGUAUCAAUUUGUGAAGCAAAUACAAAACUCGUUUCUCGACAUGAGUUUUCAAACAAAUUUCAGCGAAAAUCUCAAGCAAUACCGAAGUUGGGUAUCUCUGCGCAACAGCAGGGAUUCAAACUGGAGGCGCGAAAGAUUUGGCAGCCCAACUGUUCUUCAACUGUUAUAAAGGCAAGGCGCGAAUUGCGUCGUACCGCAACGAUCUCGGUUCGUGUAUUUUCAGCCUAACCUAAUGUUUUUUUUUUUUCUAUUUUAAAUAUUUCGUUCUUGCAAUUAUAUUAGCUUUUUCGUCAGAUUAAAAAACCUUUUUUCCUUGUAGUUCCCGUAUACCUCCCAUUACAUUCAGUCAAAAGUGAAAUAACCUUACUGUUUUUAUACCGCCAACCUAAACUACUCGCUCGGACGCUGCCAGGAUCAUCCGAUCUGACCCGAACUGAACAGAACUGAUCCAAACUGAACCGGACUGAUAAGGAUUCGAAGUCGACGAGUCCGGAGUUUUUUUUUCGUGCACGACCCCCCUCCACCCCGCUACUACAGUCCGAGGAAACUCCGAAUGCGAUUCCAAUGGGUGCCGUAGUCGGAUCAAUCCGACUCCGGAAAUAAUUGUUAUUUACCCAUCACUACAAGAUACGCUGCUAAUCAAGAACCACCCUGUAGUCGUGUUUGACACAUCUCAGUUGAGGCAUUGUUGUUAAACAAAUUCAUUUCCG